AUGCUUGCUGACGUCUCUCCUCUCCACCCUACUGAGCGGCACGCGUCUUUGAAGAAGAUCAGACGUCUUGCACUUUCAACAUGUCCUUCCCCACUGGUUCGGAAACUGCCUUACAAAUACAUUGCUCUAAAGAAGAACGAAAUCAGACUACUCCGGCUCUACCCAGGUUGUGGAGAUGCUCCACUCUGCUGCUCGCUUCAUGUCGUCAAUUUGGAUGCUUACGACGAUGUCACAUCAACGUCUUCCGUCGAAGGUUUCGAACGCUAUAAUGCUAUCUCUUACGUCUGGGGAAGCCGGAGGCAUAAGGUCAAGAUAACAUGCGAUGGAAGGACUGUACGCGUUACUUCCAGCUUAGCGGAUGCGCUUCGAAGACUUCGAGACCCAAGCACCACUCAGAUCUUGUGGGCCGAUGCACUAUGCGUAAACCAGAAGGACAACAACGAACGAUCCACACAGGUCAAGAUUAUGGGGCUCAUCUUUUGGAAGGCACAUCGAGUCCAAAUUUGGCUCGGCGAAGAUGAUGAUCAGCCCGAAGCUCGCCGCGCGCGACAUGCCGCCGAACUCAUCAAGGAAUGUGCUCGUUUGUACAGUUCUUCUACAAUCUCAGCUCGCGAUCUGCAUAGUGAGAGGAUAUUCGAUGACCCUCACGACUGGUCACGGCCCGGAAGAGUGGCUGUUGUCUUGCUUUUUGACCGUCCCUGGUUUCAACGUGUCUGGUGCGUGCAAGAAUUGGGUCUCGCUUCAGCCGCAACAUUCAACUGUGGUACUUCACAAUUCACCGCGAAAGAAGUCGGACAGUUUUUCAAACUCUUGAACUACUCAGAAAACGGGAAUAUAUUUUUAAGUAAGAUCGAAUGUCAAAUGCUGGAAAUAGCUCGAGGUUAUCACGAUUCGACCCGCGGUGCCCAUCGCAUCGAGAUCGGCUCAGACCCAGGCUCAGCGGAAAACUUCUUUGACGUCCUCAAACGCGCCCGUGGUCUGAGAUGUACUGACCCAAGAGAUACCGUAUAUGCAUUUCUGGGCCAUCCAACCGCUUUUAAGAAGCACAUUCUUGACGUCGACCCUUACUAUCAUAACCCCAGUAAUUACUACGCUGGGAGGUCAACUAUAAUCUCGCCAAAUUAUGAAAAGGCAAACACUGUUUCCAUUGUUUGUACUCAGCUCGCGAUCAACGCGAUCCAGCAUUUCGAAAUCGGCCUAGAGAUUUUCAAACAUGUGGCACACAAUCAAGAGACUAUCAACGCGGAUAUUCCAUCGUGGGUCCCUCGUUGGGACAUCACCGGUCAAGAUCCGUACUUCAACGGAUUCUGGAACAUGUACUCAGCCUCUGGGACCUUAAAGCCUACGCUGCUUAGUGUUCACUCUCCAGUCGGAAGCAUCUGGAACAGCAAGUUAUCCUUGAUCGCCAUGCGACUGGGCACAAUCGGCUUCGUUCACCCUGGACCUGCAGUCAAUUCAAUCUGGAAACUUGCGGAGAGCCUCUUCCCAGGAAAACGCUUCGCAGGUUCUUCCACGCCUUCAGCAGGGCUCCAGAUUGCACCACAUCUCAUGCCGGAACAGUGCAGACUUGACGAUAGAUGGUCAGACUUUGCGAUGGCUCUGACUGCCGGACUACCUAGAGAGGAUACUCCGAUGCAAGAUUACGAUGGUAGACAGACCACUCGUCAGGCAUAUGGAUUACAAGGGUUUCUUGAUUAUCAUGGACGCGAGCCCCCGCAAGAUCAAAUCGCCGUCGACGAUAGAUUGGUCGAAAUGUUUCACACAUGUUCCAAAGAAAUGGGCACCACGAAGAUAUUCUACAUUACUAACGACGGUCGCUAUGGAUUGGCUCCAACGAUCGCGCAAGAAGGAGAUGAGAUAUGGCUGCCGCUUGGGGCCAAGAUGCCCUGUGUCUUCCGACCAGUCAAUGAGCGAGUUUUCAAAUUAGUGGGGCAGACGUAUCUGCACGGUGUCAUGAAAGGAGAGGCAGUAAAACAGAAGAGCAAGAGGGACUUCCUCUCUGUCAUCUUGUCUUGA